AUGGAUUUGUGCAGUAAGAACCGGACGGCCCCGGUCCCUGACGGCGCCCCCCCCCCCCGGGUAGAGGUCCCCCCGCCCCGCACUAACGGAUGGUCCUGGCCUCCCCACCCCCUGCAGCUGCUGGCCUGGGGGCUGUUCGGCUUCUUCGCCGUCACCGGGCUGGGGGUGUUUGUCCCUCUGCUGCCCCCCCACUGGCUCCCCGCUGGGUACAUCUGCACGGGGGUCAUGUUCCUGUCUCACCUGGUUCUUCACCUGUCAGCCGUCUCCAUCGACCCCGCCGACCUCAGCGUGAGGACGAGGAGCAGCCGGGCGCCCCCCCCCCCCUCCUUCGACCGCUCCAAACACCGGCACGUCAUCGAGAACUCCCACUGCUACCUGUGCCAGGUGGACGUCAUCUGCUCUGCGUGUAAUAAAUGCGUCUCUAACUUCGACCAUCACUGCCGCUGGCUAAACCACUGUGUGGGGAGCAGGAACUACAAGUUGUUCCUGCACAGUGUGGUCUCCGCUCUGUUGGGAGUGUUUCUGGUUCUGGUUCUGUCCUCGUACGUCUUCAUCGAGUUCUUCCUGGACCCGUCCAAACUGAGGACUGACAAACACUUCCUGGGUCGUAAUGAGACCUGGUUUCCUCUUCCUGCCUCUCUCACUCUCCGCUCUGCAGCAGCAGUGAUUCCCUCUCUCGCUGCCGUCACCAUCGUCCUCUCGCUGCUGUCCUCUGUGCUGCUCUGCCACCUGCUGUGCUUCCACAUCUACCUCAUGUGGAACAGACUCAGCACCUUUGAGUACAUCGUGAGGCAGCGUCACCGUCAGCAGGGAGGAGACAGAGCUCCCUCAGGACUCAAUAAGGAAGUGACCUCACCAGGGACCCUGGGCUACACCAACCCUCAGCUGGAGCUGCAGGGAGGGGAGGCCAGGGUGAGUGUUCCUCUCACACACACACUGUUCCUGUCUAACAGCAAAGUGAGGACCGUUUCUGGUGCUGUCGCGGAGGAGGACGCCCCCCCCCCACACACAAACAGCGACGCACACAGAAGAAGAAAAAGAGGGUCCGUAAAGUUCCUGCAGAGAUCACCAUCCCCCCCCCCACCAGAGCCCUGCAUGGUGUCCAAUUCCUCCUCGUCUCAGAGACUACAGUUCCCAGCAUGCCCUCUGAGAGCCCCCCCCCCUGUGCAGGCGGCCGCCCCCCCCUCGGAGUACCACUCUGACUCAGCUGAGUCUCUGGAGGAGAUCCCAGUGGUUCUGGUGCAGCUUGGCUCGUCCAAUCAGCAGCCCCGCAGCAAGAGGAGGAACACGCCCUGCCAAAAUAAGAGCAGACCAACCGAGUCCCGCCAAAAUAAAAGCAGACCCGGGGUCCAGGGCGUCGCUGGGAUCCGUGAUGGAGCCCUGAACAUUUUUAUCUUUUACAAUCAAACGUGACAAUCUUUAUUUAAAACCUGAAGAACAUUUUAUUAUCUCUUAAUUAUUAUUUUUAAUUCUGAAUGCCAAAGUUGAGCUCGUCUGUGCACAAUCUUUAUAAGUGUGUGUGUGUGUGUGUGUGUGUGUGUGUGUGUGUGUGUGUGUGUGGGUGUGCGUGUGCGUGCGCGUGCGUGUGCGUGUAUCAUGGAUUUAAUUAAGGUCUCACUACAGUUUAUAUUUGUUUAGUUUAAAUCAUUUAUUAUAAAAAGGUUUUAAGCACUUCACUUUCUCUUUUUUUAUUUCAUUUCUCAGCCAAUCACAGGCCUCUCUUUGUUAAAGGGACAGUGCACAUUUUCAGUGCAGAAAACGCAGAAAACUCUAAGAAUUUGGACUAAAACGCCUUAAAUUUUACAUUUUAAAAAACUGAUGUUUCUGCGCUCUUGAUGUUUGUUAUUUUUUAUAACUUGUUAAUAAA